AUGAUCGAGGUUAAUGGAACAUGGAAAUGGGGAAACGAAGCCGACGAUCCUUUUGCCGUGAAACAGGUCCGUGCCGAUAUCGAAAUAGCUAAAUUGAACGGUUUGCCCGAUGAGGCGCCGGUUGCGUGGAACAAUUGGGCAACUCCUAAAUCUAAUCUUCUGUUAUGGAGGGUUCUUAUGGGAAAAGUCGCAUCUUGGGAAGCGCUGAUUAAUAGGGGGAUUCCGAUCAGCGACGAAAGUUGUCCUCGGUGCGGUCUAGAGGUGGAAACUACGGAUCAUAUUUUCUUCAAGUGCUUAUGGGCAAAAUGUAUUUGGUGGAAUGUGUUGGCUUGGGUCCGGGUAAGUUUUCCAGGAGACAAUUUUUCGUUUCGGGAAUUCUUCGAGUUCAUUACUCAGCGGCCGGGUGGGGGAGUUUGGAAACGGAUCAUUUAUACGAUUGUUCUAGCCACAGUAUGGAGGAUAUGGAAUGCCAGAAAUGAGAAAGUGUUCGAUGGUCGGUUCAUCCCGAUUAAGAAGACGGUGGAAUUUAUAAAAGAGGAUAGCUUUCUUUGGAUAAGUAACAGGGCUAGGAAUAAAAAUCCGGAUUGGGAAAACUGGGUGAAGUUCUAG